AUGAACGGUAGAGCUCAGUUCGCUUGCGUUACAUGCCGGCGAUUGAAACGGAAAUGUCCUAAAGAAUUUCCCUCUUGCUCAUUGUGCCUUCGGCUCGAAAAGCAAUGCGAAUAUCCGCCGCGGGUCCGAAGUCUAUACGAGAACAAGACUCCUAAUUCAUCAACCAGUUCUCAAGACACUAAUGAGGAAGCAAACCCACAGAUAGCAAGUAACUUACCAGCAGUCUCGGAUCUGGGCUUGAGUCCAAUACAAGACCUUGUCCCAGGGCAUGAAGACAUCCAUACCUUCCCGCCAAUGUUCUUCUUGGAUUCUGAUGUAUGUACCAAACCUUUGGCCUCGGAACCUUGUCAAGCAACAGGUAUUGUGGUACCCUCUUGUAACCUUUCCCCCGAGUCGAACGCAGUCUGUGAAAAGUAUUUUUCUACCGUCCACCAUUGGCUACCAAUACUAAGUAAGAAACGCGUCCGACGGCUUAUCGCUGAAAAUGGGUCGGUCCCUGACUGUCCCUCUCAACUUCUGUUUCUUUGCAUGAAGCUAGUAUCGGAGCCUUUACCAGCAGAAGUAUCCGCUAGGGCGAAUAUCCCCUACCGAAGGGUUUUGGAAACGUUGCUGAAAGUUGAAAAUUCAUAUCUACCCUCUCUCCAGCUCCUGCAAUCCGUCGUCUUAAUAUCCGCUUAUGAGCUCGGUCACGCGAUAUAUCCGGCAGCUUAUCUGCACGUCGGUCACGCUGCUCGGCUCUGUGCGAUGAUGGGCUUUCACGAUCGUAAAGCUGCAAAUCAACUGUUCAAAGAUGCCAUUACGUGGACAUCGCGGGAAGAAGAGCGUAGGACGUGGUGGGCAGUCUUCUGUCUCGACAGAAUCACUAACCAAGGUACUACCGGAUUGCCCUUCGCCGCGCCCGAUCCAAAUCCAGGAGAAUUACUACCGUGUCCGGAGGCUCCGUGGCUUGAAGGUGAAAUUGGCUUCAACGAGCCCCUUUUUGCGACUUCAUUCUCUAGCAAUACAAGUCUAGGAUCAUUCGCCAAUGUUUGCCAGGCAGCACACGUCCUCGGCCGCGUGUUGCGACACCGCGACGAACAUCACAGCAGCCGUAUUGCCCUCGGUUUCCUAGUAUCAGAGGCAAAACAGCUUCACCAGAUUCUCGUGUCCUUAUCCGCCCAUCUAACUAGCAUCUGCGAGCAGUCCCUUCUGCUCGAUGCUUCCGUAUCGGUCCCUUUGGCCUUAUGUUUCUCUGCGCGCCUUAUUCUGUACUAUAUAUAUGCAUGUAAUGAGACGUAUUCGACGGACUAUGGUAGAUCUUCCGAAGAAGCUGAGUUGCAGAAGGAGACCAUGGCAGGUAUCUUCGACGUUACCAGGGGCAUUUGGCAGCUCGCGUGCCAAUUGCUUGACUCUAUCGACCAAUCCGGGGGAAAAGGACUAGAAAGCAUUAGUCCAAUUCUAUGCCACUGCUUGUUUGCAGCAGCGGGCGAGAGCGAGUGGCUAAUUCUCGAACACGAAGAUUCAAGCGCAAGUAUAUGGCUGAAAGAUAUUGUAAAGCUUCUUCGGGUCAUUGGAAAACGAUGGCAAGUCGCAGAUGUCUACUUAUCACAGAUCUAUAAAUGGCCGGGAUAUAACAGCUUAGGCAUGUUAUAA